UAUAGCUGCUGGGUUUCCUUCACCAAUAACCUCAUAUGGACCUUUGUUACUCCAGUUCUCGUUGUUUCUUCGGUGAGUUACCAUGCAGAAACAUAAAAUACUAUCUCACCAAACUGCAUUAUAAAGUAAUUAUGUUACUUCAUCAUUUUGAAGAACUUAGCUUGUGAUCAAAUUGUCAAAUUAAAGAAACUCCGAAAGUUUUCACUGAUCAAUUAAUCUGUCAUUUCAUCGUUUAAUUUAAUUCUCUUCCUUUCGUUUCUCAUCAAACAGAUAAAUACAGUCCUCCUUGGCAGAGUGGUUAACGAAAUCGUUAAGAUGCGGAGCGGGAAAACCUCGGAACUUGAAAAAGUUCGACAAGGUGUUAAGGCAUGCGUAGUUUUGUUUCCUCUUCUGGGACUGACCUGGGUGUUUGGUAUUCUAAGCGUAACAGACGCUGGACUCGUGUUUCAGUACAUCUUUACCAUUCUCAACUCAUUACAGGUGUUGCAAUUUUUC